GCUCUCCAGUCGCCAUUGACGCGUGGUUGGUGCAGCCGGAGAACGGACCGAGGUCCCACUCGUGUUUUAUUUUUGCCCCGCUCAUCUUCUUGAACUCCUCCGCCCUCAUAGGCAGAUUGGAGGAUUCCCAAGAUGGGAGAAGCAGCAACGCAUCUGUUGUGGCUUCCUUGUGCCCGGGGAUUAUCGUCAGUGCAUCUAGAGAUCUGAAAAAAAAGGUUUAUACACACAAACAACACCCCCAAAAAGUUGCAACGUUGCUUUGGAUCUUAAGCCCUUUGAGACGAAAGAUCGGGAAAGGAAGGGAUCUGGGACUUUUUACGACUGUCUGAACUUUUGUUCGAGGGGAAGGGAAGCGCAGGAGAGACGAAACUUUGUUUGCAUCGGGAGGUGGGGUUUGAAGAGACCAGGCUGAUGGUUGUGAAUGUGGGGCAAAGAGCAAAGGUGAGCGGAGUUUGGGUGCGAUGGCGAGAGAAUUUGGCAAGGGUGACAAUUGGGCGUUAAAGCGCAGGGACGGGUGCGAGCUGUAGAAUUUGGCAGGCUCGCCGCGGGUACGUGGAGAUACCGGUGCUCUCUCUAGAGAGAAACGGGUGAGUCAGGGCCGCUUGGACAGCAGGAUGUGAGGCGGAGAAAUUGUGCAGCCCGGCGCAAAAGAACUUGUGGAAAUCUCGGUGGAUGUUAGAGGCUCUGGGUUCCAAAGAGAAUCUUCUGCUUUCUUGGAGACGCGGCGCGCGUUUGGCCCCCUUUGGCUACUGUAGUGGAAGAGGCUCCGCGGCUCCUGGGCGGCCCCGGGGAUUGGCGAGCGCGCACUUGGCACAGGUCAGAGCCGGCCUGACCUGAUGGCUGCUGACGCCGGCAUGAGGACGAACGGCGGCGGCAGGAGCGACGGCAGCUGCGCGUCCUGCGACAUCAGCUACACGCUCCCCACGAUCUCCUCCAACAAGCUCCCGGACUUGCGCUUCAUCAGCCGCGGCGCGUAUGGCACGGUGUCCUCUGCGCGCCACGCAGACUGGCGGAUCCCAGUGGCUGUCAAGUGCCUGCAGGGACCCCUGCUAGAGAGGUAACGGUUGCGGGUGGGUGGGGUGGUUUGGUUGCCUCAACCCCAUCUGCAGCUGUGAAAUCGAGAAACUUUAAUAUUUUUUUUUAUCCGAUGUAAAAGGUCCCUGAUUCAAACCCUGGCAUUUCCUACAAGAGAGCCACUUCCCGUCAGUAUGGGCUAUACUGACCUAGAUGGGAUUUUGGUCUGCCUUUGGAUAAGGCAGGUUCAUGUGUUCCUAACAUCUCCUCCUUUCUACAAAGGGUGGAAAGCAUGGCCCUUCCCUGUCCCUUUUAUUCUCAGGACAGUGGUUUGAAAUAAUGGCUACACUGGGAUUUGGCCCCAAGAUUCUCCAGUCCAAGUCAAUACUGAGUGUAAGCCAUUACUCAGAAUUGGCAUUCUCUGCUGGGACCAGUGUAUUGUCAACUGUUUUGCCCUUAGCCCUUGCCUCACUCCUUUGGUUUAAAGAACCACACCCCCUCUUCCUGCUGCAAGCCUCCUCAAUACAGUAUUGUUUCUGCCCAGGAUGAAAAGAUCUGCAGGGUUUCCUCUGUUUGGAAGAGCCAUAGCAUGCAGAAGGUCCCAGGUUUAAUCACUAGGCAAGGCUGGGAAAGACCCUUGGCUGAAACACUGGGGGGGCGGGGGGAACCGGCCAGUCAAUCUGGACAACAUUGAGCUGAAUGGACCUAUGUGCCUGACAGUAUAAAGGCAGCUUCCUGUGGUUAGUCUUCUUGUUUUUAUUUUAGAUUGGCUUUUAAACGCUGUGUUCAGAAAUGGUAGUGGUUCCUCUCUGCCCCUUCCCCCAAGAGCUCUUUAUUUAGAAAAGAUUAGAAGUCUGCAUUGUGCAACACCCAAAGCAGUUCUCUCUCUGUUUACUCAGACAUCCUUGUUCUUCACCCAAGUUUACACCUAUAUGUUUGCAACUUGAAGAGGUGUCCUAUUGGAGCCAGUAAUACUUCAUUCUGGGAAUACAUAGAGGAUUGGACUCUAACCCUAAACAUACUUACCUGAAAAUCAGUGUUAGAAAUUGAGAUAUGAAAGCUAGGAGCUAAAUGGCACCUUAAACCUAAGUUAUGGGAGCAACAACGGAAUGUCUAGGCACACUUUUUUAUAACAAGAAUACAAAGCUGAAAAUGAAUGAACUGAAGCUAAAAUGUCAUGUUCAUUUUUCACAUGGUCUAGUCCAGGCAUGUCCAACUUUCAAGAGACUGAGAUCUACUCCCACUGUAAAAAAGCUGGCAGUAAUCUACCUAAGUUGUUGAGCUUUGUUAAGGGAGCCAAAAUUGUUAAGUUGUUGAGCUUUUUUGGGGGGGUGGGGGGAUCCCACGGACACCCCGCAAUCUACUAGUAGAUCACAAUCUACCAGUUGGACAUCCCUGGUCUAGUCUUUGACCUGCCCAUCCACCCACCCCCUGAUAUUCUUAAGAGGGUCUCUUCUCCAGUCUUCAGAGAGUGGAGAGGCAGAAAAAGGUCCUCCUUUCCUUCCACUCUGCAGUUUUAAUCUGAAAUCUUAGGCGCAAUUCUGUGCCCAGAACUCAGUUACUGCUUGCGCUAAUGAAAUCCCCUGUCGCAAAAUGCGCCUAGAACAAUGGGAGUUUCAAACACUUCUGAAGAUGGAUCCCACUGAACUCAAUGGGCCUAUUUCUGAGCAAACCUACUUAAGGCAGGCCUACAAUGCAUACUUAAGUAGGCACUCUAUUCUGAGUACUCAACCUUCUUAUCCAUGUCUGCUUAGAAGUAAGUCCCACUGAGUCCACUGGUGCCUACUCACAGGUAAGCAGGUUUGAAUUGAAGCUGUAUUAGUGUUGCUUUGGGCAUUUUGGAACUUCUAAGCUUUAUCUUCUUAAUUUGACCAGGGAGUUGUCUUGCUUCCUCAGUUCAGAACACAAAUCUUGCAUUUAGCACUCUAGAACUCAUGCAUUUGGAACUCUUUACCUUUGAAUCUGUUCUGAUGAUAGCUGCUUUUACAGCUUGGUAGCUUGGUAGCUUUUACAGCUUGGUACAAAAUCUUCCCUCAAGGGACUGAUUAGUCUAGGCCAGGGGUGAUAAACGUUUUUGAGACUAAGGGUCAUAUUCCCUUUUGGGCCACCCUCGAAGGUAAAGGUAAAGGGACCCCUGACCAUUAGGUCCAGUCGUGACCGACUCUGGGGUUGCGGCACUCAUCUCGCUUUAUUGGCCGAGGGAGCCGGCGUACAGCUUCCGGGUCAUGUGGCCAGCAUGACUAAGCCGCUUCUGGCGAACCAGAGCAGCGCACGGAAACGCCAUUUACCUUCCCACCGGAGCGGUACAUAUUUAUCUACUUGCACUUUGACGUGCUUUCAAACUUCUAGGUUGGCAGGAGCAGGGACCGAGCAACGGGAGCUCACCCCAUCACGGGGAUUCGAACCGCCAACCUUCUGAUUGGCAAGUCCUAGGCUCUGUGGUUUAACCCACAGCGUCAUCCUCGAAGGGCCACAUGCAAAUGGUGGGAGGGACCAGCAGCAAAGAGUGGGCAGGGUAAUAUGUGAAUUUUACCUUUAUACAGUAGACAGCUUCCUACAUCUCAUGCCCCUUUUCGCCCCCCAUUUCACCAGAUAAGAGAGGCAUGGUUCUGGAGGAAUGUUCCCUGCUUCACCUUGCAUAUGAAUCUCAGAGAAAAUGUCCUAGGCGAUCCCAGCUAGAUGUUGUUUAACUGCAGUCAGAUUGAACAAAAUUCAUCCAAGGCUUUAUGACUAGCACUGCCAUUGCUAAGGCGCUCAAAACCAGCUUAUUCCCUAUUGUGUGGAACUGGGUGGUUAAGCAACUCUGGGAUUCCCUUGCUGACCCACGUGACAGCAACAGCACUGACCUGAUCCUCUCUGAUAUGCCAGCCUGCUGGUUCCUCAAAGACUCGAUUCCCCACCCUCGGCUUCUCCACAUGCACACCACCAGCAGCCCUGGCCAAUACAAGCGCAAGGGUUGUGGACAUGAUUCCUGACUGCAUGGCCACUGCCAGGAGCUUGAAGCACUAGCCUAGGAUCCACAGGUGGCAGAGAAUUGCAUGCCCUCAAGUGAGUGGGCUAGCAAAGAAGAGAUGGGGUUUUUCCCAUCCCUUCUGAAUACCCAGCAUAGAAAUGCAGCAAUUGCAAUUCCUCCUCUGCCAGCCCCCAGCAAUCUAGUAAUUCUUUAUUUUUUGUAGACUAUUAACAUUGUUUGGAUUACCUAUAAGGCGUUUUUGAAAAAAACGUGAAGCAAGUACAGUGGUAUCUCAGUUUAUGAACAGUCCUGUUUACGAAUGAUUCGGUUUAUGAACUCCACAAAACUGGAAGUAGUGUCCCGGUUUGUGAACUUUACCGCAGUCUAGGAAUGGAAUCUGAAUGGUAGAAGGGCACCAGAAGCGGGAGGCCUCAUUAGGGAAAGCGUGCCUUGGUUUAAGAAUGGUUUCGGUUUAAGAGCGGAUUUCCGGAAUGGAUUAAGUUCGUAAACCGAGGUACCGCUGUAGUUGUUAAGUCUGUUUGGGCUUGAGGUGGGAAUAUUAUUGUUUAACUGGUUCUUUUGCUAUGGUUGCUUUGCUAAAGUUAUUGCAUUCUCUGCACUGCUUAUAUUGGACGUUUUAAAUAAAUUUUAUUGUAAGUCACCUGGAGACUUUGGCAUGGGGCAACUCAUACAUUUAAUGACUACUAAUAAACUAGCGGGAAUCUAAAUAGCUGAUCCUGGAUGGGAUGGUAAUUUAAUAGAAGCUAUCUUGUAGCUUUUUGUGGAGAAGGUAUGUACAAAAGUACGCUGUAUAUUAAUUGACCCUCCUUGAUGACUGUGAGAAACCGCAGAACAACACUCAUCUAAUUAAAUGGUUCCUACCUGACUCACCUCUGAUGAGUCAGUUCAGCUUAAUGUGCCUAGUCAGUCACACACAUUUCACUGUGAUGUAGUGAUUAGAGUGUUUGAUCAUAUCUCCACCAUACAUUUAAGCCACAUGGCUUCCCCAUAGAAUUCUGAGAACUGUAGUUUAAGGAUGCAGAUAAUGGUAGCUGUUUGAGAGGUAAAUGAAACUACCCAGGAUUCUAUGGGGGAAGCCAUGUGUGUUGAAUGCAUCAUGCAAAUGUGACCUUAGCCUAGAUCUUUGGAGACCAGGGUUCAGAUCCCCACUGAGCCAUAAAUCUCGCUGUGGUGACCUUUGGUCAUUCACUGUCUCUUGACCUAACCUACUUUAUAGGGUUGUAGUGAAGAUAAAAUGGGGAUGGGGAAAAACAACAUAUGCCACGUUGAGCUCCUUGGAGGAAAGAUGGGAUAUCAAUGUAAUAAAAAAAAAAUACAGUAUGUGACAAUAAAUCAAAUAUGUACCUACUGUAUUUAUGCUUUUGAGGUGCAGAGUAUUUAAUAUUCUUUUUAAAUUAAUCUAGAUUAUAGGUAGCUGGAGUCAUAUGAGGAUGAAAUGAAUACUCUGAAUUAUCAGGCACUUGCCUUUUUAGAUCUAAGCAAACCACAGUCCGAUUAAAUACAUUUUGAUUGAGCUAUGAUAUGAUAAACAUAGUUUUUGAAUUUGCAUGUAGGGGUAAUAUUUCUGGAGAGGUAUAUACUGAAUAAUCCUGGGCAUAUUUUUAGUACAUUUUCUUUGGUAAUCAGUUCAGUGUUGUAGCUCUAUUAAUAUCAGGGUGCAAAAAAUUGUACCCUCCCUAUUGCAAGACAUCUGGUCCCCAUCUAGAUGGAGUAUUUCUUAAAUUGUUAUCAUAUACUGUGUUGUGCAUACUCCUUAGAAACCGCAGACCAGGGCCUUUAGGACUUCUGCAAAACACAUGGUGAAAUUAAAACCCUACUUUGGGGAAGUGUCUAAUUUGACUGCAUUUGUAAAUUCACUUCUGGCUUGUAUGACCGGAUGCUGAGGAAGGCGGAACUCCUGCGCCUUCCUUAACUGCAAGGAGGAAGGAAUUCUUCUUAUGCAAUAAUGAGAAGAGGUUGCCCUGUCCUUCUCUCAGACACCAUAGUUAUGGCCCAGAUUUCUGUAUCACUGUCAGAAUACGCCAUCCAAAUCUCUCCUGCUCCAUUAAAGGCAUCACCUUUUAUCCUGAUGUCCAGAACUGCCUCUCAAAUGACCUCCAUGCAGGGGGCUGCAGGUUUUAUUUUAUUUGUUCAUUACAUUUAUCUCCCACCCUUUCCCCCUAGGAGCUCAUAGUGGAAUGCAGUGGUUCUGCUCCUCCCCAUUUUAUCCUCACAGCUGAGUACAGAUUUGAACCCUGGUGUACAUAGGUGGCCCAAUAUAAAGAACACAAAUUAUGUUGGGCAAUAUGGUUCCAGCACUGGCGAUUCACAAAUGCCAGUAGUGGGGCCUGGUCUCCUCUAACCACUGGCAAAGAACAGCAUUUGGUAACGCUUUCUGGUCAGUUGGCUGCCACUCCUUGCUAUGAUACAACUUGGUAUUCGCUUGAGAGUUGGUAUUAAGCUCUUGAGGAGAUACCAAAUGUUGUAACCCACCUUGUGAUCUUUGGAUGAAGGGCGGUAUAUAGAUUUAACAAAUGUAUAGAUCCCUUGUACCAUCCCAGGGGCCUAGUUAGGUCCUAUGAGUGACAGGGGACUGUCCUGAAGUGUGAACUGGCAACAUAACUUAUAGCACAACUGGGUGUGGCGAAUGUGCACAUGCCUUUCAAGACUGCACUUUCGCUGAGGUGGCAGCAUGGAUAAUGGGGAAUGACUGGGAUUAGGCGCUGUUUACCUCAACACUGAAACUGAUGCAAAAGGUUGCAUCCAAAGUGACUCCUACACAGAGUAGGUCCAUUGAAAUUAAGGGGCAUGACUAACUAAGGACCACUCAUUUCACUGGGUCUAAAAAAAGGGAAAGGGAAAGGAUCCCUGGACGGUUAAGUCCAGUCAAAGGCGCCUAUGGUGUUGCGGCGCUCAUCUUGCUUUCAGGCUGAGGGAGCUGGCGUUUAUCCACAGACAGUUUUCCGGGUCAUGUGGCCAGCAUGACUAAACCACUUCUGGCACAUCAGAACACCAUGAUGAGUGCCAGAGCACAGGGAAAUGCCAUUUACCUUCUCACUGCAGUGGUACCUAUUUAUCUACUUACACUGGCGUGCUUUCAAACUGCUAGGUUGGCAGAAGCUGGGAUAGAGCAACGGGAGUUCAGCCCAUUGUGUGGAUGGGUUUAUAUUGUGUAUAACCAAGGACACACUCACACUGCAGAUUUAAACUGGUUAAAAAAUCAAUCCCUCUUCCCAAGAAACUCUGGGAAUUGUAUUUCUACGAGGGGGAUAAAAGUAUCCCAAGAAUUCCCAGAACUCUUAGCAAGCUGUAGUUCCCAGGAUCCUUGGUUUGAAACCAUUGUUCUGUUGAAGUGAUAUAAAAUUUAUCUUAAAGUAUAGUGUGACUGAGCACCAUUCAAAAUUUACUGGCUCCAGGUGUAUAUUGGCCACUUGUGACCAAGUGAAGGUGCCUGGGCACCAAGAUGUCUCCUGACAACUCCACCAUCUAGAGGUGCAUGCCUGGGGAUCCUUGGAUCUUGCCUGUCUUCACACACUAACAACACAUCCUGUAGAAUUCUAUCUCUUGUAUUUUAUCUGCACAAUGUGUUUUAUUGUUCUUGUUACAGUCUUGAGAAGAUGGCCACAGUCUGACAAUCCAGCAGGUAAAGACAUCUGUCCCUAGGCCAGCCAAGAGAGUGAGCUAAGAUUUUGGAUUGCUAGUGAGCCUGUGGUUCUGGGUUGCAGCAUACAAAACUGGAGAAGUUGGGACAGUAGGGAUGAGGAAACUAUGGUCCUUCAGAUUAGCCAUACUGGCUGGGAAUGGUGGGCACUGGAGUCCAGCAUCUCCAGCCCUUCCAUAAAGGAAGAGGAGCAGAAAUUUAACAAGCAGGAACUUUAGAAAGAAUUAUCCACUCCCGUACAGCAUGAAUGUUCUGUGUAGUUAGACAAACUAGGUAGAACUCAUUGAUCUUAAUGGAAUAUAUGAGAUACCCCUAUUGAUAGUAUGAGUGUCUUGUACUGUUAGUUAUGCCCCUUAGUAUGCAUCAUUCUUUAGGAAAUAUAUGAGAUAACACCACAAGCCAAAUUCUCCCUCCUGACCUGUCCUUAGCACCGUUGACAGUGCGAAAUUCUGCUGGAUCUCAGUUAGAAUGGGUAGCUCUCUUAUCAGCAGCCGUGCGUCUUGGAUUAGCAGGUCAUUGGGAAACCACAGGAUUCUCUAUGAAAGGUUGGUUGGCCAAAAUUUGGGCUGUGGGUCUUUGGAACAUUUAGCUUAUCAAAACUGGAGGAUAAGAGGAAUUUCUAACAAGGAAAAAAUUGACAUAUUUUGACUCCUUUUUUAAUCUAUGUGAAUAAAGAUGGAAAUGCAUAACCUCCUCCACCCAAUCAGAUAAUUAUACGGAGGGGAUUUGUUUGCCAAAAGAUGCUUCAGGUAUUUAGAAGGGGCAAGAUUCAACCUGUAUAGAUUUUGGAUAUUGUAUGCCCAUGUUUGGGUUUUUUUGUACCUAUUGCAUUUAAACAUCUGCGUAUAUUGUUUUCUUUCAGGUCAAUUUUUUAAAAUCUCAGUAAGCAAAUAUAAUUAUCCAAGAAAUGUUUGCAGAGGUUGUCUUGAGUUCAGAUAAAAGUAUAAAAUGUAUGUGGGACAGGAAAGAGUGUGUGGCUUUGAGAUUUUGGUGGGAAUUAUUUUUUUUUUAAUUGCCCCAGUAGACCAGCCUCUGCUGACCAGGGAGAAACUUGAUCUAAAUCAAAUAUUUUCCAUCUAAAUUCACUCUGAGUAAAUAAUUCACCCAGAGGAUGAUAGGCUGAUUGUUUAUCCUGACAACUCUAUUGUGGCCUUUUGCCAUAAAGCAUGUUAUAUUCUUUUUCUUUGAAUGGGAAUGGAGCCAAAUGCUACAAAGAUGUACUUGCUAGUGGUUGCCAAGCAGUGGAAGGAAAGCAGGGAAUAUUUGCAGGUGUAUGUGAUGGAGAAGGAGUGGCUGUUUGUGCUUUAAGGUAGCUCAAUGAAGGAAGAAUGGUAUAGCACAAUUCCGAAUAUUAGGUUCAUCUGGUUUCUGAAUUUUCAGCAUUUAUUGAUCACUGUUACCAUAGCUGCAGGGGAGGGUGCUGUAGGCAGUGUAAGUUGAGCUUCUCAAGUAAUGAAUGCUUUGAAAAAACAAUAUAAAAACUAACAACACAGUGAAAGUGGCAACUGUGAAAGUUAGGUCAAGUCUGAAGAAAUUCCUGAAAAACUAAGGGCAGUAUCCAGCACUAGAUUUAGGGCAGUGCAUAGGGCGCUGAACCAAGGGGGGUGCAAAAUUGAGAAGGUUAACAACUGAGAAAAUCCAUUUGGGGGUGCCAAAUUUUGGGCUUGCUCAUAGUACCGAAGUCCACCCCUGGCAGUAUCCUACUGAACAAGUCUGCAAGUGCAAGGGGUUUUAGCUGCACAGUGGCGCUUUCGUGUCUUCUCUUUUCCCUACACAUCCCAUAAAUUUGCUCUAUAAGGUAUGGGGAACUUCUGUAACGUGUUGGAGGGGACCUUGGGACAUUUCCCUUUCAGUGAGAGAGAGAGAGAGUUUGGAUUUGAUAUCCCACUUUAUCACUACCCUAAAGAGUCUCAAAGCGGCUCACAAUCUCCUUUCCCUUCCUCCCCCACAACAAACACUCUGUGAGGUGAUUGAAGCUGAGAGACCUCAGAGAAGUGUGACUAGCCCAAAGUCACCCAGCAGCUGCAUGUGGAGGAGCGGGGAAGUGAACCCAGUUCACCAGAUUACGAGUCUACCGCUCUUAACCACUACACCACACUGGCUCUUUUGCCAUAAAGGCACACUGCCAUUUCAGUGUGAUGUGUGAGUAGUCUUUCAGUUCCACUUGAUAUGGGUGCAGCUAAUUGACUGUCCUUCAAGGGAGAAACACCAAUCCUUCUUCAGACAUGGUGUUGAAAUGUGAACAGUGGAUGUGCAAGUCAAUUACACAUCUCCCUGCAGCAUCCUAGUAAGCAGAAAGUACAUUGUAAUUACUAAUGGGUCUAAUUACAUAUCAUAGUAAUUGUGUGCCUUGCAACCACAUCAGAAGUUUUAUUUUUGUUCAUCUUAGGAGCAGGACAGUUUCUAUCAAGAGCACAAUGUGUGAAGUUUAACCCUUUCCCCUCCAGGAAUUACUGCAAUAGAAAUUGCCUCCUCCUCCCAUCACCCCACACAGUUAGCAAUUAUAGAGGGAUUAUAAAUGGUGAGGAAAUGGUUAAACUACCCCCACACACACACACUGCAGUCCCGCUGGAAAUUAAAAAAAAAACUAUUAAUUGCAAACAAUGCAAUUAACGCAGCAUGUAGCGAAGCCAUUCCAACAUGGGUGAUGUUGCUAAGGGCUCACUUGAAAGCUAAGCUUGCCCACAAACACAAUGGGCAGCUUUGAAUAAGUCAUUUAUUUCUGCUGAAUGUAAUAUGUGUGGUAUGAUGACAAUCAUAGCCUGCAUUGCAGCAAUGUUGUAAGAAUCAGGUAAUUCCUAGAAAUAAUUUCAUGCACUUAAUGACAUUGUUUCUCAAAAAUGAGUCCAACGACAGCUGGGGACCCAAGCUCAAGAAACACUGACUUAUGAGAAGCACUGAGCAUAAUUAUUAUUUUUUUAGACCAACCUAAAUCAGAAGAGGAAGUGAUUAUUUCUCUCUAAUAAUAGCCAGUUCAGUACCCCUGUGGCAAUAGGAUUGGAGCCCAAGGGGGCAACUGAUAAAUAAGAGGGAAGCAUCUGAAUGCCCAGGUGCAUCCUCAGGUGUGGAAAAGUUUUUUUAAAAAAACAACAACCCACUAUUUAAAUCAAAAGAGAACAACAUCCCACCCCAAAAAACAUGUUUAGUGGGCUCCAGAAGCUGUGAAAUAAUGAGUGUUGAAUUGGAAAGUAAAACAGAAAUUGGGGAGUGGGGAGUGGAAGAGAGGAAUUUCCUGCUUGAGGCCCUUAUAGUAUUCUGAAGGGGAGCUUGGCUGACUGGCUGGAACUCGAACAGCAAAUAUUCACUAGUGGUGGGGAAUGGACCACAACUUGUUCAUGAAAGUGUUCUGCCUGGCUUUUCUUUAAAAUAGUGCUUCUUGAAGGCACAUGAGGUCGAGGUCUGGGGCUGGUCAGUGGCUGGAUAGGAGACUGCCCUCCUGAGGGUCACCACACUUACUCUGCCUUAAAUUCUGUGACGGAAGGAAGGUGCAUGGAAAUCUGAAAUUUAGCUAGCUUUGUUAAUUUAGCUAAAUAUAAAUUUGUAGUUUUAGCCGGGGAGGUGCAAUUGAAAAGUGUGCUUUUAGUCAAGUGAACCUGCAGUGUGGCUUUUGGUUAAUGGGUGGCUUAGGGGAUUUUCACUACCUCAUUCUUGCAGGACUGGGCAGUGCUGGAAAGAAUUACUCAGUGCUGUGUUUUCUGUUUUCUUUUCCCUUUUCCCUUUUCCCUUUUCCCUUUAACCCUUAACUCUGCUCAAUGCAAACCUCUCAAGGAUGCCAAAAGGUGAAGAAGAAGACUAGAUCUCGCUGUAUUUGUGGGCGAUCCUUUCCCUCUUCUUCUUCUUCUGUUUGUCAGACACUUUAUACAAAAGAAAAAGUCUCAAAAGUGAUUUAACAAGAUAAAUUGCUUUCAUUUGCUGUAUUUCAAAUCCCUGAAAUGCCAGUCCAGUAGCAAGACAAGUCCUACCCACUUCUGUGCAACCCACUUCUAGUCUCUGCAACUAGAGAGGUGGUUUGGAUGUAGCACUAAGCCAAACAUCUGCCAGAAUGCUUGAGCAUUUUGUCAGAGGCCUAGUUCCUCCUUUUCAAAGCCCUAUGAAAAAUUUCACCACACGCCACUGGUGCACCAUUAAGUCUGUAUAUAAUCUAACCCGUGUGAGUUUUGUGCAAGCAGAUUAGGACACAUACUCAAUAACUGGGUUGCUGGAGGCGCCCUUGAUAUUUGCUCAACUUCAUUGAUUGCAGACCACCUUGAAUGUGAUUUCGUAGAGAAAGGCCGUUAAUGCAUUUUUAUUAGUAUUAAUUUACUGUUUUCCCCCAGCCAUUGCUUCCCUCUCACAGUGUGUGGUUUUCAGCACACUGCUUGAAUGAACUCCUUCUGGAGCUUUAACCUACAGCUGCAUAUUUCAAGCUUCAAAUGCGGUAAAACUGGUUUGUCCUUCUCUUCCUGUCCCUGCAGCGAGAGAGACAAUCUCCUGAAAGAAGCUGAAAUUUUACACCAGGCGAGGUUCAGUUACAUUCUGCCAAUUCUGGGGAUUUGCAACGAACCUGAAUUUCUGGGCAUUGUGACGGAAUAUAUGCCAAGUGGGUCACUGAACCAACUUUUACACAGUGUAAGUAUAUUGAGCCCACGGCUUUGCUUUUUUUUCCUAUGGGAGUGGGGGAAUUAAAGAGACGAUGCUCUUCAGUUGAACCCAACUCUCUGAACACCUGAGUAGGGCGUAAGACCCUUUCUGCUGGUCAAACGCAUAUAGCGUUAGUCUGAAAGGAGGGCCUGCUCUCAGAUGAAACUUGUUGUGGGCAGGAGGUCCCACUCCCCCCUUGAAAAUGUGGGCUAACCUAUCACCCUCCAGGUGUUGCAGGAAACCAACUCUUAUCAGUCCCAGUCAGCCUGGCCACUGGUCAAUGUGAAGGGUAACAGGUUCCCCAGCCCUGCUCCAAAGGGCUAUUGAAUCUGUGGUUUAAAGGAGCAUUUUGUAGUUUGAAGUAAGUUUUUAAAUAAUUUUUAUUGAGGUUUAUUAAAAUACAUAAUAACAGAUACAUAACAUAGCAUCCUCCCAUACCAGGUAUUAGGGUUGCAUAUUGACAUGAAUGAUGUUUCUUAUUCCAUACAUAUUAUCCAGUAUUUAAUGUCCCAGGACAACCAUCACAGAUAGAAUAUAGCUCAAGCCAUACUGUUCAGGAUAGCCAUAUCGGCAAAGAUGCUUUGGAGAGUUUUUCCUUACUACCAGUUCAUUUGCAUAGUGAAGAAACGACCACCACAUUUCAUAACAUUUUUCUGGUUCUUUUGUUGCUUUUAUCACUUUUAAGUUAUGAGUUAUUUCCCCUUUCAGUGUCACUUUAGUUUUGUGAUACGGAAUCAUUUUAACUGUGUGGCCUUACUCCUAAAUUUGUGUUUCAUCAUUCUCUCUCUCUCUCUCUCAAAUAGAAAAAUGUAUAUCCUGACAUUGCUUGGUCAUUGAGGUUUCGCAUUCUUUAUGAAAUUGCCUUGGGAGUAAAUUAUCUUCACAACAUGAGUCCUCCUCUCUUGCAUCAUGAUUUGAAGACGCAUAAUAUUUUGCUUGACAGUGACUUUCAUGUUAAGGUAUGAGCGUGUUUCUCUCUCUAGGGCCUGUGAUUCUUUACAGCAAGGGAGGGCACAUUUUGGAUUUUGGGGUUCUAUUUUGUGUUUCACAAGAUCUGUCAAAUGGAGCCCUGUGCAGAAAACACUGAGGCUGAAUUCACACCAUACACUUAAAGCAUAUGGCUUCUCCCAGAGAAUUCGAGGAGCUGUAGUUUUACCUCUCCCAGGACUACAAUUCAUAGCACCCUUAGCAGCUACAAUUCCCAAGAUUCUUUGGGGGAGUUGUGUGCUUUCAGUGUACGGCAUGUACACAGCCUUAGAAUUAAAGAGCAGGAUCCCUCUGAACAGCUGCUGAGCACAGAGAUUUGUGAAGAAUACCAGAACUGAACUGAGCUCACAGUUCUUCCACACACAAAUCCAUUCUUGGUUCCCCUAGCUUUUUUCAUUUCAGUAGUGUCUUUGUGUGUUGUCUGCUGUUGGUGUUGUGAAAUGGUUGGGCGUCAGGAAUUCUUGAUGUACCACAAAUGACUUAGAGAUCUAGCUGUAGAUCUUAAUCUGCUUUUUGCCACACCUACUCUGCAGUACAUAGAGAGCAGCUGAACAGUUGAGGGCGAGAUUUUGUAGAGAAGGAGAUUACUCAAAAUUACAAAUUUAAGGCUGCACAAAGAUAUGAAGAAUGACUCUUUCUCUCUCAUCACUAUAAGGUAUUGCUGAACCCUAAAAGCCUGAGACUUCACCAGACAGUGCCUAAAUGCUUAUGAACCAAUACUUGUCACUCGUGAUUAGAAACUUGGUUUUUUGGAGGGGGUUUGUCAUUAAAAAAAAUGAACUGUGGUCACAAAAUUGCCUCAAGAAACAUUUGCUUUUAGUGGCUUAAGAAUUUGGGAGGCUUAUUUGGUCCAGCUAUUCAUUAAGCGGCAAUCUAUAAUGCAACUAUGUUUUCUUAAGGGGAAAAAAGAACGGUUUCCAUUGUGUUGGUUUGGACGUUAGUGGGUGGAGUUCAGUCUUGCGACUCGUGCACUAAAUAUAUCCUUGAAAAGUGAAGUAAUAAAGCUGUGUAAGGAUUUGGGUGGUCAUGCAAGGGUGUUGCACCAUUUGCUGAGUAAGAUUUUUUUAGAAUGUUUACGGUAAAUGGAACACCAUAGUUGUAGUUCAGUUGUAGUUCAGCAACACCUGGGGGGCCAGAGGUUCCCCAUACCUGAUUUGCAUCCACCCCAGUGUAUCUGACAGGCACACUGGGCUCUAUAUUUGUGGAUUGUCCCGAGUUCCUGUUUCUCUCCUUCCAGAUUGCAGAUUUUGGUUUGUCAAAGUGGCGCAUGGUAUCUAUGUCACUGUCACGCGGUGAGAAAUCAAUGCCUGAGGGAGGGACUAUUAUCUACAUGCCACCUGAAGAUUAUGAUUUCAGUCAGAAAACGCGUGCAACUAUAAAGCAUGAUAUAUACAGGUAUUUAUAUUUUAUUACAGAGUUAAGAAAAGAUGCACACUGUUGUUUAUGUUCUUUAAAAAUCCUUGCAUGUUUGGGCGUAUUGGGUGUAUCAUAGGGUGUGUUGAAUUUUUCAGCUUUCGAAUUCAAAAAAUGAGGGGUGCUAAAAGGUUGUAACAUGACUUUGGAAUUCAAAAGAUAUUUUGGUUAAAUUAAUAUCAUCCAGUUUUGGUUGGUAAAUAAAAUGUGUGUAAAAUUGCAUAGAAAUGAUUGCCAAGUACUUUGCAGUUAUACUAUAUAUUAAUAUUAUUAUUCAUUUUUUUAUUUUUAUUAUUAUUAUUAUUAUUAUUAGUUAGGGUUAGUUAGAAGGUAGAAUUAGCAUUCUUUGGCUUUCUGAAAGCAGUUUAUGUGCAUCUUCAUCAAUUGUAAAUUUACCAAGCGAAAUGUUUUCCAGUCACAAAAAUAAUAGCAAUUUGAAUUCCUCACACCCAAAAAAUAUAAUUUUAUGACCCCCACAUUGAAUAAAUUUGCCAAAAUUAACGCCCUAGACAUGGCAAAAUUUGAAAUCUCCUAUUACUUCAGGGUUGCAAUUGCAUCUGAAAUUACAUUAGACUCAUUUCUGAAGGUUUAAGCCAGCAUGACACAGUGGUAUACAAAUAUUUUUAUAGAUAAAUGGGUGUCAACAAAUUUAAUAAAUAAUAGUUUUGCAUCUCACCCAUUCAAUCUGCAGUGUUACCAAUUGCUUUCCUGUGGCAGGACUGCACCAAAUGUUUAGAAUGGCUGCAGAGUCCCUGGAAGGAUGAGUUCACACAUGCAUGUUUCUUCGCAGAUGGCUGUAGCAUCCAGUCAUGUAGGCUUGUAUGAGUGAGGCUACCAAGCAUGCAUGUCUGAAUAAGCUCUUCCCACUUUCUUUUGUACUUACUUUUGCACAGGAUUAUUCACCCUUGAGUUGCACAUAUAUGCAGAAAGGCAUACCUCAGGUUGCAGCUGUGAAGGGCAACAGCCACUGAGUGCUUAUUCCAACAUAAUGUUUGUGUUCUCCAACUGCCUUCAGGUUGUACCCCUUGUAGCCUGUUCCCCUCAGUUACUACAUUUGGAAGCCUACCAGGGGGUGGAGUAUAUUUUGGCCUGGAUUGAUUUACAUUUAUGUUGUACUUUUUUUCUUUUUUUACUUUGAACAGCUAUGCCAUUAUUAUGUGGGAAGUGCUGUCAAGAAAGCAGCCGUUUGAAGGUCAGACUACUUUCUUUAGUUUUGUUGCAUAACUUCUGUUUAGAAUCAGCAAGAUUGGGUUUAACAUGCAGCAAUCGGGGGUGGAGGAAACCUGCCCCUUGAAAUAACGCAGUGCUAGCCCUACUCAGCGGAGACCCAUUGAACCUAAUGUAGUCAUCUUCAUUCAUUGUGAUGGGUUUGCUCUGAAUAGGGCCAUAUAUAAUGGGUCUUCUCUGAAUAGUGUUAGAUACAACCCUAAUUAUUACUGCUUUUUGUAAUGACCAUUCUUUCUCUGUUUUUCCCCUUUGGUUAAAUAAAUGACACUGUGAAGACUUGGAAAGGAAGGGAGGAUUGGUAGCAAUAUCUUAUAAUUUAAGAGGGUCAACGUUGUCUCUGUGUUCACAGGAUGUGUGUGUUGUUGUUGUUGUUGUAUUGCCACGGCGUGAGAAGUACACAUAUUUCUAAUAAGUGCGCAAUAUCUACUUUUGACAGAUGUUAUAAACCCCUUGCAGAUUAUGUAUAGCGUGUCGCAAGGAAAACGUCCGGACACUGGGGAUGAGUAUCUUCCGCUAGACAUUCCUCACCGGGCCUUGAUGCUGUCGUUAAUGGAAUCCGGCUGGGGGCAAAAUCCAGACGAAAGGCCUUCUUUCUCAAGUGAGCUUCACCUUUUGCAUAGCAGGGUAGGGAGCUUGGCAGGCAUCACUAAACUCUCCUGCUGCUGCAUAAUCUCUGUUAAUUUCAUUGAAGCAUAAUUAUUGCCCUCCACAUAAGCCCCUCUUGGCAGUGAGUGUAAGCUGUGUGCCGGCUGUGUGAUUAGGAGAUUGCUCAAUUUAGGCUGUGUACUCAGCAUGCAUUUAAAUCACAUGGCUUCCCUCAAAGAAUCCAGAGAACCAUGGUUAGAAAGUUGGACAUAUAAGCUAGGCACCAAAUGCUUAAACCUUGGUUACGGUCGGCACAGCAGAAUGUCUAUUUGCCAUGGGGGUGGAUUAGAUGACACUUGGGGUCCGAAUCCCCGCGACGGGGUGAGCUCCUGCUGCUUAGUCCCAGUUCAUGCCAACCUAGCAGUUCAAAAGCACACCAGUGCAAGUAGAUAAAUAGGUACUGCUGUGGCGGGAAGGUAAACAGCAUUUCCAUGCACUCUGGCUUCUGUCACAGUCCUCUGUGUGCCAGAAGCAGUUUAGUCAUGCUGGCCACAUGACCCAGAAAGCUGUCUGUGGACAAAAGCCGGCUCCCUCAGCCUGAAAGCAAGAUGAGUGCCGCAACCCCAUAGGCGCCUUUGACUGGACUUAAUCAUCCAGGGGUCCUUUACCUUUGCCUUUUUACAGUUCUUUGAUUCUAUGAUCUCACUUUGCUUGACUGUAGCUUGCUCUUACCAUUCACUUGUCCCAGUAUGCGAGAAGGAGAAACACACACAGUGGAAAUGAAAAUAGUUUUAACUGUGGACUAAGGUAGAGGUUUUUAAACUGGCUGGGUGGAGAUGUCUGACGUCAGCAUGGCGCCCAGAAAUCUCCACACUUGGACCUGCACCAGAAGCAAAAUGCGCCUGCCACCCAGGGAAUUUCUAACACUGAAGAGAAUUGUAGUUUGUUAAGGUGCUGGGAAUCAUAGCUCUGGAACAAGUAAAGAUACAGUUCCUGUGAUUCUUUGGGUUAUCUAAAUGUAUGGUGUUCAUACAGCCAGAACAGUUCUGGAAGCAUUCCAAGUGUCUGUGACCCCCACCCCACCCAAAUUUGCAUCUAUUACAGUUACAGUGUAUGAUUUGCAUGAGUUAUGUGAAUGCCAGAGCUUCAUUUAUGGUACAGAUACAACUUAUAGAAGACAUCUGAAGGCAGCCCUGUAUCGGGUUUUUAAUAUUUGAUGUUUUAUUAUGUUUUUAUAUGUGUUGUAAGCUGCCCAGAGUGAAUAAGCUAAUCUUUCAGAUUUCUCACUGUAGGAGCUUUCAGCCUUCUGUUUUAUUUUUUAGUUUUCUGCCUGUAAGAUUUCACUGGGCUAUACACCUUUUUAUCUUGCCAAAAACCAUCUUUAAAUUUCUUGCUUUCCCCCAUUUUAAAAAAAAAACGUAUCUGCAGCUGCUAGCAAAAGCUUUGUCAGAUGUUGAAAUGUUGAAAUAACCAGAUUCUCCUACUUCCCUUCGUUUUGCAAUAAUCAAGGCAAAAGUCAGAAAGUUAAAUUUCGUGAAUAAUGUGGUCUUGCCUUGAGUCAUUUGCAGCCUGUUCUCUGACAAUUUGUUUUUCCAGAUAUGCAGCUGUACCAUAAAUGAAGCUCUGGCUUCAUAAUUCCGGAGUUUGUUUGAUUCUUUUGGAUGCCUUUUUGCCAAUUAUCUUUAUGGAGAGCCUCCUGUUUUCCCACCUCUCUCUUCAGUCAAUCCCUCUUCCCAGGAAACUCUGGGAACUGUGGUUGUGGGAGGGGAAUGGAGGUCUCUCAGCACCCUUAAAAAACUGCACUUCCCAUAAUUCUUUGGAGGAAGUCAUGACAGUUAAAUUGGUAUUAAAAAAAAGGUAAAGGGACCCCUGGCCAUUAGGUCCAGUCGUGGCCGACUCUGGGGUUGCAGUGCUCAUCUCGCUUUAUUGGCCGAGGGAGCCGGUGUACAGCUUCCGGGUCAUGUGGCCAGCAUGACUAAGCCGCUUCUGGAGAACCAGAGCAGCGCACGGAAACGCCGUUUACCUUCCCACCGGAGUGGUACCUAUUUAUCUACUUGCACUUUGAGGUGCUUUUGAACUGCUAGGUUGGCAGGAGCAGGGACCGAGCAACGGGAGCUCACCCCGUCGCAGGGAUUCGAACCGCCGACCUUCUGAUUGGCAAGUCCUAGGCUCUGAAUGAGGCCCUGGUAAAAAAUAAAAGGAGGCUGGCCAGUUACUAGCUGCCACAUUCUAGAUCAGGGAUCUUGAAUUCAGUGCCUUGAGGUAGAUUUACUCCAGCUGUAGUGGCAGAAAUCCUGUUGAUCUUUGUGGGGCCACUUGAGCAUUGAGCAUGAUAGUUUCCCAGCCUCCCUGCUAUUUGCCAGGGCUUGGCUAGCUGCACGAGGAGGAAGGAAGCACAUAAUCAUGGCUGAGUUUGUGCUUCCUUAAUGCUAAGUCAUAAAAAGCUGUUAGAGCAGAAAGCAUUUUGUGUGGAAUGUAGACACAACGUUGAAAGCAAAUGGCUUGCAGUGCAUCGCUAGAUGCAAAGAGUCCUGCUUGCUUUGAAUUCCCCCCCCCCCCUCUUAGUUAACUAAUAAUAUUUCAAAGGACUAUAUUCUUGGGUCUGUUGUUUACCAUAUUUUUCGCUCUAUAGGACGCACUUUUUCCCCUCCAAAAAGUAUGGGGAAAUGUGUGUGCGUCCUAUGGAGCAAGUGCAGGCUCCUUGGCUUCAGCGAUAGCAACGCGAAGCCUCCGAAGCGCAGAGGGAGCGCUCCCUCCACGCUCCGGAGGCUUUGCGCUGCUUUUGCUGAAGCCUGGAGAGCUAGAGGGGAAGGUGCGCACCGACCCCUCUCGCUCUACAGGCUUCAGGGAUAGCCGCCUGAAGCCUUUGGAGCACAGCGGGAACUUGCACUGCGCUCCGAAGGCUUCGGGAUCCUUUUGCUGAAGCCGGGAGAGCAAGACUCUCCUGGCUAAAGCAGAGAGGGAGAGCUGCGCAGCGCCCCUUCAGCAAAGCGGGAGGAGAAAUGGAAGGGGCUCCAUUUCUCCUGCCGUUUCGCUGAAGGGGCGCUGAGCAGAGAGGGGGAGAUUUAUUUUUUCUUGUUCUCCCCCUCUAAAACAAGGAGCGUCCUAUGGUCGGGUGUGUCCUAUAGAGUGAAAAAUACGGUAUUUCAUUCCAGUCCAUAUCAAAAAAUAAAUUUAUCCAUAGAAAUCUGGGUAUUUCCCGACACAAAGAGCAGUGUAAACAGAAAGCCAAGGUAACAUUGACAUCCUGGUCUCCCCAGUUGCAGGAGACCUGAAAGCUGCGACUUUUACAUGCCGAUGGCCUGCCUAUAUAAAUAAAUCUGUUAGUAACCCUUCUCGAUGCAUGGCUGUUGAAUAUCCCAGAUCUGUGUGUGCGCUGGGAUUUUUAAGCCUGCAAUUUGCCUCUGCAGGGGGUUGGGGUUGGCAUCCUUACAGUGUGUUUUAUGGUGUGUGCCCUUAAGUCGCUCCCCCCCCCCCAUAAAUGUGAUUUCAAAAGUUCAGUAAUUUACUGUUAUAAGAGCUAAUAGUAUAGGACUGAAUAUGGUUUCUUUCCUCUUUUCUUGCUUAGGGUGCUUAAUAGAGCUUGAACCCGUGCUGAGAACCUUUGAUGAGAUACCUAUGCUUCAAGCAGUGAUACAGUUAAAGAAAGCCAAAGUAAGUCUACGUUGUAACCCAAAGUGAAAAUACACAAACUGAAAGUUAUUUGUCCACGCAAAGAAACAGGAUGGCCGUGUUACUGAAGCUUGAAAUUGUAUACCUAGAAUGUAUCCUCUUUUCACAGUUCCAAAGGUAACUGAUACAAGCCUCCUAAUGUCUCUUUCAGGCUGAAUACGAGUGGCGAUGUGUUCAUAUGCCUAGCAAGAAGCCCGAUGGUGAAUCAAUAUCUCUAAAUAUACCUUUAAAUCCCAGUACACAAGAGGUAAAGCAACCUUUUCUUUUAUUAUUGCCUUAGUAUUUCUGUAACACAGAGAAUUGUAGCAUUGGAAGGGACCAUGUAAUAUACUCUAAAGCACUUUGCAUGUGUUAAAUCAUUUUCCUUUUGUGCAUUAGCUCUAUUUUGUGGGCCUUCUUUGCUCCUGUGUUGAGUGAAGGGCAUGGCUGCACUAAGUACACCAGGGGUCUGCAACCUAAGGCCCAUGGGCCGGUAGUAGCCCAUGGGGCUCGUCUAUCCACCCCAUGGUGACCCCUGCCGCCAGCUCAUCGCCGGAAGUCGGUGCGGGGACCAACUUCCAGGUUGAUGACGCCUGUGCACAUGCGCACAGGUGCUCUUCCAACCCGGGUGCACCCUCCGACGGACGGAGCAUGGACCGGCCCAUCAUUUGGUAAGCUUGCUGACCCCUGAAGUAGACUGACUGUGUGAUGCAAACAUCUGUAGCAAGCGGGUCUUCUGAUGAGGAAGCCAUUUAACCUGUGAGGCUGUUUGGCUAAGCCAUGCCCACCUGCGCUACACCUGACAUAUCAGCUGUGGGACAUGUAAAGACACAUCUGGCCCAAAUAUGGUUGUGCAUUUGGCUGAUGUAGGUCCUUGCAUAGAUCCUUGCAAGCUCUGACAACCAGCUGAUUGCCCACAUGGGGUAAAAUGUCAUUCACCUACCUGUGAAACAUAGCUCACAGGGUAGGGGGAGGUGAUAAGGAAGGAGCCAGCUAGACCCAGUCCCCCCCCCUCCACCUGCAAGGGCAUGGUUUGAAGGCACAUUAUGCAUACAGUAUUGUGGCUAAACUUGAAGCAGGCCCAACUCUGGUCUACAUCUACCUGGGAGACAAUAGGGAACUCUGAGCAGUAUUCAACGAAGUUUUACACUUUGAAAUUAAUGGACAGGACUUAAUAAUAAUAAUAAUGGUUUAUAUCCAUUGAUUGUCCUACUCAGGGUAGACCCACUGAAGUUAAUGAACAGGACUACCUCAGGUUCAUUAAUUUCAGUGGGUCUGCUCUGAUUAAAAUGCAGUUGAAUACCACCCUCUAGGUAUACAUCAAGUUGUGUUUAUGUUCUGUGUAUUAAAAUGGGAUAGUAAUAAUCCCUUCAUAGGGCUUCAGGUGGGAGAUUUUGCAGGGAGGAAUGCAAUGUAAAUACCAUUAUCAAAUGUUUGCUCCAUAUGUUGUGAUCAUUGCAGGACUCUUCAUCACAAUGUGAUAGCUACCUUUCACGAAACACUGUCCGGGAUGCAUCAAAACAGUACAAUCUCCUCUCGGAAGGUAACCCCUCUUGACCUAGCCCAACUUUAUAUAAAAUAUGUUUCUCUGAAAUUUCCACCUAUUGCUUCUUGUCCGACAUUCUGGGACAACAGACAACAAGGGUGCAAUCAGACAUGAGGAUUAUCAUGUUAGUUUUCUGGGUUAUAAUGCUGUUCUGGUUUCUAAUGUUCAUUUUAUAUUGUGUUACCUUUUGGAUAAUAUACUGCGAUACCGUACAGAGUUUCAUUUACACCAGUGGGUGUGGCGUGACACAACAGUGGACAUCUUUUGACAUGUCACAGAAUUGGAAGGGAACCUGAGGACCAUCUAGUCCAACCCCUAACAGUACAGGGAUAUGCAGCUGUCCCAUAUGGGGAUUGCCACCCUUCCUGGCCAUACCUGCUUUUGCUCUUCCCCCCUCCCCCUUCCCAUGAUUCACCCACAACAGUGAAGAAUGAAUCUCAUCACAUGGCAUGAAACUGUGGGGAUUAACAUUACCCCCCAAAUCCCAUUAUUUUCCAUGUUAACAGGGUUGCGGACAAUUUUUUUCUCAAAGCAACAUGGAAACAAGUUGCUAAACUUUUGCAAAAUUUCCAGAAGUGGCAUUAAUGUCAUGUGACAGAUUACAUAUAAUGCAGAGAUUAUCAGAUAAAGGAAAUGUCAGAAAAGCAAAGUUAAAGUGCUUCCUGAAUGCAGCCUCCAUCUGCUUCGUUAAGGGAUAUGCAGAAUACUAAUUGGUUGAAGAAGUAGUAGAAAUAUGAAGGAAAGCUUGGGGGCCAUGAAGCUACAACAGGUUUGUCCUGACUGUUCACAUCUGGACAAGCUGCCUGGGUGUUCAUUCUAGCUGCUACGUUACAUUGUCAUCAUAUUGCACUGAGUGAAAAAGAUUGGAGUCAGCCAAGCCACACAAAACCUCAGACCACACUAUUUCAGGGGUCAGCAACCUAAGGCCCAUGCACUGGAAGCAGCCCGCAGAGGUCGUUUGACUGGCCCACGAGCUGCCCGCUUGCGCACUAUGCUAAAUCAGCGCAGUGCGGCAUGGGGACUUGUCUCCGUGGCACCGGAAAUCGCAUCUGAUCUAGCCCACAGAGAGAUCUCUGUGGGAACAAUCGGGCCCAGGCAAGAUAAACCUUGCUGACCCCUGCACUAUUUAUUGAGGUACCAGUGAUAUAGCAUGUGUCCCUCCCCAAACUCCCUCAGUGUUGCAAAGGCUCAUGGGGUGCAGAUUCCAGAUCUUGCACAGCUACAGCAAACAAUCCUAGAAUCAGCCUCCUGCGAGACAUAAAAGGAAUUCGGAGCCACAUCUCUCUAAUUGUUCAGCCCGCAGCUUGGAGUAGCACCAUGCCUUCGGCCAGCCCUGGCAAGCUCCUCCAUUUAUGGGCUGCGGCCUCACGUUUGUGGACCGUGGUCAAAGCAAAGGGGCGCAUCUACACUGAUGUGAUUCCAUGACUCAGAUAGUACAAGGGUAAAGUAAAGGUAAAAGGGACCCCUGAACAUUAGGUCCAGUCGUGGCCGACUCUGGGGUUGCAGCACUCAUCUCACUUUAUUGGCUGAGGGAGCCAGCGUACAGCUUCCGGGUCAUGUGGCCAGCAUGACUAAGCCACUUCUGGUGAACCAGAGCAGUGCACGGAAGCGCCGUUUACCUUCCAGCCAGAGCGGUACCUAUUUAUCUACUUGCACUUUUACGUGCUUUCGAACUGCUAGGUUGACAGGAGCUCACUCCGUCUCGGGGAUUCGAACUGCCAACCUUCUGAUCGGCAGGCCCUAGGCUCUGUGGUUUAACCCACAGUGCCACCUGCAUCCCUAGUACAAGGGUAGACGGGUCUAAAAAGCCCAGGACACAAAUUUUCAUGGCCCUCUAGUGGCUAUGGUGGCUGAUAGUAAUACAUUUGGCUUUAACUCUGGAGGUGUAUACUCGACUCUGACCAAACUAAGCCUCCUAGAGCAAAAUAUAAAUUCUGGUAAAUGAGCCACCAUAGCUGCUAGAAGGGCCAUGAAAAUGUGUGGUCCCAGGCAUUUUAGACUCAUCUACCCAUGUACACAUCUGCAUUGCUUGCCGGAUGUGAAAUUUUUUUCAGCUCUCCUAUCUGGGCUGCAGAACACUGGAUGCAGGAUUAAGCAUGCAAAGUGACUUCUGGCUUUGUUUUUGAUGUGAUUCGAAUUCAAAAUUGAAAAAAACAUACAAACGACUCUGUCUUCAUUACAGGUAAAUAUGACUCUUUGGAUGAACCUCAUUCGUUGAUUAGCUUGAAGCAAAAUCGCUCGCUGCCAUCGACUAUUCCAUCUUACGCAUCUCAACAAAACUCCUGCUCGUCCACCACAGAUAGUUCUGAUUCCUCAAAUUCCACGCCAUACCCACGUCAGCCACCAAGAAGUAACUCAGGUACAAAAGUGGAACCUUUGUUUUCCUUGUCUCCAUCUCACUUUAUCACUUGGAGUAUUGAGUAACAAGACAUUGCCAUGAAGCAUAGUGUGUAGUACAGCUAAAUCAGGUCUCUGAAUACUGAAGCAUUGAUGCAGCUUAUGCAAAUUCACCCGCAUUUCCCUCUUUUGCCGCUUUGAUUAUGUUUCUGAGGAUGAGUUUAUAUAGUUUCUCUGACCAGAAAUUUUUACUACACGACUGUUCCCUUUCAAAGCUUCCUUGUAAACGUACCCCAAAUGACUUGUACUUAACCACAUUCUGAGCAACGAUCUAAAUAAAGUCCUUCGGACUGUAAGUUGGGGAUGGACUGUUUAUUAUUUUGAGGCCGCUGUUUCUGCAAACUGGGGGGUAAAUUGCAUUAAACACCGUGGGACCUCUUUCUGAAUAAAUGCAGGGAGGACUGGGCAGCAUAUGCCUGCAAAAUAGCUGGUUUGUGCAUCUGUUUAAACCAUUAUUAUUAGUGUUCUGAUAACUUGAUUCACAUCAUUAAAUACAUUGCAAAUUCAAGUGAAUAUGAAACAAAAAGAGGUUAAAAAGAGAAACUGUUACAGGUGGGAAGAAUUGCAGCGCAGGAAGGAGUUCGAAUGUACUUGUAAAUGCAUGUAUUUUGAGAAUCUGACUGAUAAGCAAUGGUUAGUUAUCAAGAUUGGAAUCCUAGUCAUCUAAACAUAAAACUCUAAAAGAGUCUUAUCUGAUUUAUUUGAAUGAAGCUGUAAAUUGAUUCAGUUGACUAAUAUAAUACUAAUUAUAAACAUUAGGCGGACUCCUUUGCACUCUCAUUAUCAGAUCCUGCUUAAGAUUUAGGCAGGCCUACCCAGAUAUGCAGCUUUAUUAACCAUAUUUGGUUUGGUUUAAUGCUGGAGGUUUUCAUAUUUUGAUAAAUUUUAUGUCUACAGUAGUACCUUAGUUUUCAAACAGCUUAGUUCUCAAACGUUUUGGCUUCCGAAAGCCGCAAACCAACUCCGGUUUGCGAACUAUUUUUGGAAGCAGAGUGUCUGACGGGGCUUCUGAUUGGCUGGAGGAGCUUCCUGCAGCCAAUCAGAAGCCGUGCUUUGGUUUCCUAAUGUUUUGGAAGUCGAACGGACUUCUGGAAUGGAUUCCAUUCGACUUCCAAGGUACGACUGUACUUGGUUUUCAGAUUUGGGGUAUUUUUUAUUAUGAAUAUUUUGCAUUGCUUUAUGCAAGCUGCUUAGAGUUUUUUGUUGAUUUGGCACUGUUGAAAUGACACAGAUAAAUAAUUCUGGUAUUUUGAAAUGCAGGCAAUUCUCUCUCAAAUAGUUCUGCUGCAUUUUGAUGCUCUUCGUAUGUGUUCACACCUUUGACAUCUUUUCCCCCUCUGCCCUUUGUUAGAUUUUAUGCUGCAGACUCUGCAGACUCUGCAGCAGCAGGAGCAGCAAGAUGAAACUGUGGCUCACCAAUGGAUCCAAACCAGAAGAGAAGACAUUGUCAACCAGAUGACAGAGGCUUGCCUUAACCAGUCCUUGGAUGCCCUCCUUUCAAGGGAUUUAAUCAUGAAAGAGGAUUAUGAACUUAUCAGCACAAAACCUACAAGGACCUCAAAAGUCAGGCAGCUGCUCGACACAACUGACAGCCAAGGAGAGGAAGUUGCUCGAGUCAUAGUGCAAAAACUGAAAGACAACAAACAGCUGGGACUUCAGCCUUAUCCAAAUAUAUCUGCUCCCUGCAGGUCCACAUCUUUGAAUUGAUAAACAUCCGUAUAAAGACCUUGCAGUGUUUCCUAAAAGUUGGGAUUCCUCUUUCUGAAAUGUCACUGCUACGUGACUCUAGACUGAAGUUUGGAGUGGGUGGGUCAGGGGGAAGCCUGGCAAAUGAAAGUAUUACAUGACACCCUUGUUGUUGUUUUUUAAGUUCUAAAAACUGCUUUUACACUGCAUCUCAGUGGAGACUUCUGUAUUUUGUGGAUCUAUAAAAAUUCAUAAAUAUUAAAAAAAAUGGGGAAAGUGCACACAGCUUUACUAUCUUUAUACACGUUCUCUCAUCUGUCAAAACUACCUUUGUGAAAGAAGAACAAGAUUACUGAUUUCGUAAGUUGGCAGAAUUGCUCUAAAAAAGUUGUUUUCAAGCCCUCUUAAUGAAGGGCAAAGCCUUUCUGCCUUGACUCGUCUGCUGUGGGACCUAUACUCUAACUGCUCCACUGCUGCUGUGCAUUGUGGGAGAUUAUAGGGCAUAUUCUGAGGUUCCUGGUCAGUUUUCAGAGACCUUGACCAGACUUCUUGAGCCGUAUCCCAUAAGCAAGAGCACUCUCCCUGGAGAACAUCCACUGCUGCAGCUGUGUAAUGUAGGAAAAGAUCAGGAACCGUAGACAAGUUUGUGUACUGAGAAUGAUCUUUCCCUUGAAAAACGUGGUAAGUUUUCAAGAAAGGCUUGGGACUGUAAAUGGCUUGGCCCCAAAAUACUUGAUGACACUGGUGCAAGGGGCAGUGGUGGUUGGGCCUUCUCUAUGGUGGCACCUUGUGCAUGGAAUUUACCUUUGGGAAAAUUGGGUUGUCUCCUUGCCUUUUAAAAUGCCAAUAAGAUUCAAGCCUUUGGUCCAUAAUCUGAAGACUGCUUUGACUGCUAGUUGCUGCCAUUUACCAUUUUAUGCUGUGAUGGCUGUUUGAGUUUGAUGGUUUUAUUGUAAUUGUGGAUGGAUGGAUGGAGAGACAUUUGUAUUUAUAUAUUUUACAUACUGCCCUGGGGAGGAUGGGGUUUAAGAAAAACCUCAAACAAUAACAAUAAAUAAACCCCAGGGCUGCCCAGAGCAUCCUUUGAAAACCAGAAAUCUAAAAAAAGAAAAAUUAAAACAUUGUGGAAGUGACUCGUGUUUAUUCUAGGCUUACUUCUUCCUUAUUUCUUGGGGAAAUCCACUGUGUGUUCUUUUUCCGGAGGUACUCAACGCC